AUGUGGGACAAAGCUAGAAAUGACCCAGAAAGACAAGACGAAUUCAUCAAGCGAGAGAAAGAACUUGCUGAAAACUUUUUGGCCAGAAUGAUCGAACGAGGGUCACAAGUUCGUCGGUACUGGAACGAUCGUGGGACCGCUGGAGAUUUGAUCCGCGAGCUCGUUCGACACAAACCGGUCGCUCUCGAUAUCCAAUCAGAGUUGGUUGAUGAGCAUAAGGAUCUGGUCGACACUGCGGCAGGUUCAUUCAUCGAUGAAGGACUUGAGAAGUUGCACAAGAAGCGUGAAGCUAAGAAAGAGUAUGAAGAAAUCUUGGAAAAGAUGCGGAUCAACGAAGAAGAAACCAGACUGCUCCAUGAACAACACCUUAAUGAGAUAGGCCGCCAACGAGACAAAGAAGCCUAUGCCCGCGCUAACGAUGCUCGUGCAUACGACAAGAAGCUGAAAGACCUGCAAAAGUCCUUCGAGAAUCAGCUGAAUGAGUCUUCAAAACAAGCGGAUCGGCAGAUGAAAGCUUACGAAGAGGAUAUCCGACGCCUACAAGAAGAGCAAAGCAAAGAUCGUUCCGACCUCAUUAAGCAGUACAAGCGCGAGGUAGUUCAGAUGCGGGAUGCCUCUGAGACUAGGAAUCAGUUUGAAAGACACCUUAGAGACAAUGACGCAGCUUCUCGCGCACAGAUAUCCAGACUAGAUGCAGAAGUACAGAAGCUGAGCUUUGCUAACGCUGGCCGAGAAACCGAGAUCAAUCGGUUGCAAGCCGCCACACAGGAUAGCAAUAAUAACGACAACACUAAGAACUCAGAUGAAGAUAAGAAUGAACAGGGCCGCCGAUUCGAUAGUGGUUUCAUCCAAGGAGAAAGGGGCGGUAGGUCCAUACCUCCGCCGCCACCACCUCCACAGCUACUCAAGAUCCCACCGCCAGCCAAACACUGGCUUGCUCGAGGUGAGGAUGAAAGGCGUGAGAACCAGCGGCGGCAACGCGUGUAUGAGCAACAGUUGAAUGCCUAUUACGCAAAGUAUGGAAGCUAA